AAAGCCAGGCCUAGGAAACUUUACCCGGGGUAACAGCCGAGGCGCUUUACGGCGACGGCGGCUGAGUGUGAACCUUGGCUGUGGUGGAGGCGGCCGCGGCGGCAAAGGAGGCGGCGGCGGCGGCUGAGGAGGAAGAGGAGUGGCGGCAGUGGCGGCGGGGACCUGUGCGGGGAUGGCGGAGGUACCGCCUGGGCCUAGCAGCCUCCUCCCACCACCAGCACCUCCGGCCUCGGCGGCGGCCGAGCCCCGCUGUCCCUUCCCGGCGGGGGCAGCCCUCGCCUGCUGCAGCGAGGACGAGGAGGACGACGAGGAGCACGAAGGCGGCGGCGGCAGGAGCCCGGCGGGCGGCGAGGCGACGGCGGCGGCCAAGGGGCAUCCGUGUCUCCGCUGCCCUCAGCCGCCGCAGGAGCAGCAGCAGCUCAACGGAUUGAUCAGCCCCGAACUGCGGCACCUCCGGGCGGCCGCCUCCCUCAAGAGCAAGGUUUUGAGCGUGGCCGAGGCCGCCACGACCACGGCCACCCCCGACGGGGGGCCCAGAGCGACUGCAACAAAAGGAGCUGGGGUACACUCGGGCGAGAGUCCCCCUCACUGCCUCCCCAAUAAUGGAAGAACUGCGCUCCCCAGCCCGGCAGAGGCAGUGGCGGCGAGCGAUCCUGCGGCGGCGGCCCGCAAUGGACUGGCGGAGGGCACCGAGCAGGAGGAGGAGGAAGACGAGCAGGUGCGGCUGCUGUCUUCAUCCCUGACCGCCGGCUGCAGUUUGAGAAGCCCCUCAGGCAGGGAGGUUGAGCCUGGGGAGGAUCGGACGAUACGUUAUGUCCGAUAUGAAUCCGAGCUACAAAUGCCCGAUAUCAUGAGACUGAUCACCAAAGAUCUGUCUGAACCCUACUCCAUUUAUACCUAUAGAUAUUUUAUCCACAACUGGCCACAGCUGUGCUUCUUGGCCAUGGUAGGGGAGGAGUGUGUAGGUGCCAUCGUUUGCAAGUUGGAUAUGCACAAAAAGAUGUUCCGCAGAGGUUAUAUAGCCAUGUUAGCCGUGGAUUCCAAAUACAGGAGAAAUGGCAUUGGUACUAACUUGGUUAAGAAAGCUAUAUAUGCCAUGGUUGAAGGAGACUGUGAUGAGGUUGUUUUGGAAACAGAAAUAACGAAUAAGUCUGCUUUGAAACUUUAUGAAAAUCUUGGUUUUGUUCGAGAUAAGAGGCUGUUCAGAUACUAUUUAAAUGGAGUUGAUGCACUGCGACUUAAAUUGUGGCUGCGUUGAGAAACUGACAUCAAGGAACAACUUUCCAACCACGCAGAAUCGACCUUUGCAUGCAAUGCAAUUUGUACAGAAUUGCUUUGCAGGUGGAUUUAGUAAUUUCCAUGCAGCUCUUACCUGUCAGUGUCUCAUUGAGUGUCGCACAAUAUUUGUUGCACUUUGGCAUGGCGCAUUUGUUCUGAAUUAAAAGAGAUUGUUUUAAACUUAAAGAGUUCUUUUGGUACCAGCAAGAUGUGCCAGUUGAUAGCCAAGAUUUGUUUGUUCAUUUGCAAAGUCUGCUGACAAUGUCAUUUACACAGUGAUCAUUUUGUCACAGAACCAGUAAGUGGAACAUGAUUUUUGUUCCUUAAAAAAGCCAAUGUAGAUUGUAAAAAUCUCUAAGUAUACUAACAUUUCACAUGAAACCUGCCAUAGUUUUCUGAAGGGGGUGGGGGAAAAGCUUCAAUUUUAGGUUUUAUUUUUUCAAUAUUGAAUUUUUCAUUCUUGAAUAUUGGUACCUCAGUGAUUAGUGAAUGAAAAAAUGUUCUGUAGGGUUGGGUGUGUCUUACAAUGAGUACAGAUAACAAUGACAUUGCGUCUGCCAGUGCCUGUGUAGAUAAGUAUAUUUGUCUUCACCUCUAGUUUUUUGAAUGCAUGCUCUCUUUUCCUUUUCUUUAAGGCCUUUGCAAGCAAACUUUUGUUUUUAUUUAAAUUCUAAAUUUGAUAAUAAAUUAUUUCAGAUUUUUAUAAUUUGGAUACUUUUUUCCAGGUGAGUGACAGUGUAAAGUCCCUUUUUUCCUUACAGUAAGAAGUUGAAUUUACUUGGAAAAUCUUUGAGAAAUGACUCAAAAGGGAUGAGAAAAGUUGAUGGAGCCGGGAAUUGCUGGGUUUUUGGAUGCACUUUUUUUUUUGAGAGGGCAUUUUUGGAAAAGAAUAGAAAAUUAAUGUAAAUUGGUAUGAUUUUAUUUAAUCAAAAUUAUCGCUAAGCUGUGAAGAACAGCUUUCACAAAGCAGUUGGAACUUUUUUCCCCACUUGAUUUGGAUUUCACAUUGCUUCUGUUUCUUAAAAUGCUUCACUUUUGGUUCUUAGUCUUGGAAAUAAAUUUCAAGGUGCAUUGUAUCCAUUUUAAACUGAUUUUAUUUUCUUUUUCACUUAUUUGAGCAAAUUCUUGGGGAAGCUUUGCUUAGUUCUCAGAAAAACAAAAGGGAAAAUUGUAAAAAUUUUUUUGGAAUGAGUUCUAUGGGUUUUCUUAAUAGUUAUCACCAUGUUCAGUUACAUUGUAUUUUGGCCGAUCUGUGCAGUGUUACAAAUUUUCAAGUUAAUUGCUUUCAAUUGAGUCAGGAAACCUGUGAUGGAUAAUUUAACUGGAAAACCUAGGUACCCAUAAAAAAAAAAAAAAAGAUUGAUGUCUGUGAAAAAUUUUUGUAGGAUUCUAUGUUGCAUUUUCUUUAAUUUGGAUAUGCUUUACUUCUGCUCUAGGAUUUGGUUUGAAUUUUGUUUUAUGGCUAUAAUUACUGUAUUUUUAAAAACCCUACCUCCGUUAACAGUUGGUAAAAGCCCCCUUUCAGGAAAGUUUGUUGCCUUUUUUUUUUUUUUUUUAAAGGAAAGCUGCUCCUUGCUCAGUGUAGUGUCUUGAAAGUGAACAUGGUAUUAAGUACUUUUAAAAUAAUGACACACAGAUUUGGUGAAAAUAAAAUCUUCCUAUUGGUGGAAUCAUUUAUAGUUCCUUGUUUUUAAAGACAACUUUUUCUUUCCAUUUUAUGUUGCUCUUGAAAAUUUAAUGGGUAGAGUACUGAUUACAUUAAAUAUGUGAUGAUCACACAAUACUCAGCUUUCCAGCUGACGAUUUUGAGUCCUUUGCUCAAAUGUCAUUUGGGCUCUAACAGAGGAAUGCCAGUCAUAGUGAUGCUUCUGUUACUCUUAAUAUGGAGAGAACUGAGCUAAAACAGUUAUCAAAUUUUAUCUCACCACUUUAUAUUUGACUUGCUGAUUCAUGAGUAAUGAUAGUUGAUGAACAUACAGUUGUUUGACUCACUAAUGGGGACAGUUCUAAAGUAGAUACACGCUAGAUUUUCAUUUCAACCAUUAUGUUUUUGGCACAUUAUCAGUGAAACCAUCUCUACUGACCUUUUCCCCCAGAAUUGACCAGGUUUUGCUGAACUGACUGGGUGUUGUAAACAUAACCUUAACAUGUGGCUAAAAAGUCGGAUGGUUGCUGUAUUGUUCAGUUGGUGUAUGUUGAAUAUAAAUGUCUCCCUUAUGUCUUUCAUUGGUUAUGCAAAAAUUGUUUACUUAAGUAGACUAAAAUUUUAAUGUCUAGCAUGAUAGCCCAGCAUCAAAACUAAGUCUCCAUUCCAGUUGAAGUAGCAUCAUACAUUUAUUUACUUUCUGAUAGUGGGCUUUCAUUUUUCUUAUAUAAUCUUAAAACAGUCCUAUUUAAAAUUGAUAGAGUGAGUUCACUUGGCUAAAACUGAGCAAAAUUGGUGCAACUUUCUUUUAAUGGGGUGCUGCCUCUUUAAGACUGACUGUACUAUCCACUGACACUGGUUUGGCAGUUGGUCCUGCUGAACAUUUUUAUACAUGCUACCAUGAAGCUAUAUAUGUUAGUAUUGAAGAAGCUAACGGGUGUACUAUCAUUUUUGAUGUGUGGGCCGAUUGUAAUUUCCCUUACAUUAGGAUGAAACUACUCUAGAGAAGUCCACAGAUCAGAAACCAGACAGUAGUUUUUGAAGUUGAGGCCAACAAAAUUAAAAAAAAAAAAAAAAAAGAAAUUACUAUUAAAAAAUUGGUUUUAAUAUUUUCUGCCUCUUCCCCAAAUUACCCUCCCUACUUGCUUGACAAAUCUAUGUAAAGGAGUUUGUUUGUCACAUGUUUUAAUUUUACCUUGCCCUGUGUUUAUGGUAUUGGCUGACAUGUAUAAGACUGGAUGUGUAUAUUUAUUAUGGUGUCUAAAAAUCAUGAAGGUCAUCACUUCCCAGGAGCAUAGAUAAAAGCAGAUUGGUAGUGCAUCAGAGUUACUUUUCAGUGCACCAUGACAUCACUAAAAUGAGUCUAUAAUGUUACAGGGCUUUCAGGUUUGUAAAAACAUAACCAUAAAUUAUAUUGACGUCAGAUAUGAGUUGAGUAUCUAUAAAAUAUCACGUGUAUCUCAAAAUAUUGGACUGCUGUUUGAUGACUGGAUAUUGCUGCAUAAUUUUCUUCUAUUGUCCCAUAUCCUUUUGGAGAGAGAGAUUUAAUGGGAUUUGAAAUGUGCAAGCUGUCUAAAUAAGAUGCAGUCAAAUAAAGUUGGUUAAGUUGUGUUUGCAUUUUUCUUUUA